AUGGAUCGACGACUGGAAGCAGAUACACCUUCUAAUCGUCAGCAAAACAAACUUACUUAUAUAAAUGAUGUAAUCGGAAAUCUUUUCGGCCAACUGAAGAAGGUUAACGCUGAAAAUGAUCACAUGAAGAAGCUCAUUGCACUCUUGUUGCAUUUCAAGUACUUGCUUCAGCUUGCGGUAAAGUGCAAUGAUUUUGACAAACAAUGGAAGCCAAGUUUCAAAGACCAAAACAACUUUAAAGACGACUACAGCCAGUGCUUGGACAAUUUCGCUUCUCUCGUUGAAGAACUGCCAUUUGUGUCUGAAAUUGAGAAUCAAUAUCAGAACAGCAGUGACAAAGCAGAUCUGUUUUGUUCGUUUAAUGAUCUCCCUGCUACUUCGUUUUCUUCAGAGAACUCACCAGCAUUUGACUAUGAAACUUAUAGUUACACAGAAGAUACAGAAAGUAACAUUGACUUCCCUGCUACAUCAAAUUUUCUUGAACUCCAAUACGACGAUAAUAGCGAAAAAAAAUUGGUUUCAACCAAUAACGAAAAGCCUAAAAAUCCCAGAGGAAGACCAAGAAAAGGUAAAAAGCGUAAAAAUUCAGUAAUUGGAAAUGGCAGAGUUAAAAGAGUUAAGCGCAUUAGAAUCAGAACCACAACUAAAAAGCCAAAAACAAUCCCUGUCGCUUCAACUUGCUCUAGUGCUAAAGCGAGCGUUCCAGUGGCAAAUAGCAAUAAGACUGCUUAUGAAAGAUUGAAUUUUCUCAAAAGAAAUCCACUCUAUAUUUAUAAAUCAAGCAAGAAAGUUGCCCCGUUGCAAGCGGAAAUGAUGCCAUCAAGUCAAAAUUUAAACAACAACGAUUCUCAAUCUUUUUGCUCACCUAUUGUAAUGGAUCAUAGCAGUUUUGACAAGUCGUCUGAAGCAAGUAGAUUAUUCUAUGAUAUCUGUCAAAAUGGACAAGAAAAACAGUAUUCAUGUGGAGUAGCUGAAUGCGAUUUUGUUCACAAUAAGAAAAAUUGCAUAGAGACGCAUAUUUGGAAACACUUUAAUCUCAAGCCAUUUGGUUGCUCGCAGUGUGAACAUCGAACUGAUUCACGUAAAAGUCUACUCAAGCACGCUUUACAAGUUCAUCAAAUUACUGCUGAUCUUUUGCCAUAUAUGGACUACCUCAAAACUAAUGUCAAUGGAAACGAUAGGUCAAAAGUUUAUGCCUGCAAAUUUUCGCCUUCGUGUACAUAUGAAGCAAGUAACACUUCAGUUCUGAUGGAACACUUGAAGGUUCAUCUUGAUUUGAGUCCAUUCAAGUGUGCCUAUUGUGAUAUGCGUUUUUCCGAUCUUAUUAAAGUGAAGAAGCACUUGGUGAAAAAGCACAAACGUCCAAGUUUCUAUACAUGUCUUAAUGCAAACUGCACAUUCACCAUUGAUCAGCCCAAUAGUGAGAGCAUGCUGGAUCAUAUCAAAGAACAUCACCAGUUUGUGGAAAAUGUUCCUGACUUGUUCCAGUCCGCAAAUUUCAAUCAAUCCUACAUAUCAGAAAGUAAAAAGCAGCAAACCAUUUCUUAUUGGAAUCAUGCGAGUGGCACAAUGGUUCACUAUGGCAAUGUUGGUGCUUCGGGCAGCGCGGUGGACUUUCAGCAGCCUCAAUUUUCCUGCUCAUACAAGAAUUGCUCUUAUAAAUCAUAUAAUUCGUGGAUUGAACUAAAGGAACACGAGUACAACUUUCACAUGAAGCUACCUUUCAAGUGCCCCGAAAACAGUUGCAUCGGAAAUGUUUUUGAGACAAAUGACGGUUUAAACCGCCAUCUCAUUGAACGCCAUGGGUUUUCGCCAUUUAGCUGUGGAAUUGAUGACUGCAAUCGCCUAUUUGCCAACAGUGUCACUCUUUACUGUCAUAUGAAGGAAGAGCACAGUGAUGCCAGCGUACCCUGUAGCAAGUGCACUAAGAGUUUCAAAUCUGGAUUAAUGAUGCUAAAGCAUUACAGAAAAAGCCAUCUUCAAGGAGAGUAUCCCUGUCGGCAGAAAGGCUGUAAGUAUGUCGGCAAUUUUCGAGCCGAAUUGGAAAGCCACACCGGCUUGGUGCACAAUAACAGAAUGAAAAAAUGUCCCAUUCCCGAAUGCGGUCAAACGAUG